AUGGAGGGCGACGUAGUUGACGUUGGAGCGGGUGUUGGCACCGUUGACUGUGGAAGUCAAAGGGGGGAAAAUCGAAGGCUUCGAAAGCGAGAUCGAGGGCGAGCUGUGAAGGACGAAGAAGAUGAGGAAGAAAAGCAUCAGGAGGAAAGUCCGAGCAAGAGGGCGAAUGCUGAUGGGGACGCUCCUCUAUCUGCGAGAGAACUUCGUUAUCUGCUUCAACAGCACAUGUGUGAAUUUCGCCAGGCCUGGAGUGGCAUUACGGGGCGACUUGAUCGUGUUGAACAUGCAGCAGAGCAACUUCCCACCUUUCAGGGGCGACUUCAAGUUGUGGAGAAAGACAACGUGGUACAACAACAACAGUUGCAUGUACAUGAAGAGAAGAUCAAGGGCUUGGAGAACGACCUUGAGACGAUCAAGCAAACCAUCAACGACAACAAGCGCGACCAGGCAAGUGGAUCCAACCAAGGGCAACCCCUGCAAGAACAGCGUGGUCAAGACGGAUGGAGAAAUGGAAAUGACCCUUGGGCGAGGUUCAUCAAUCAUCAACAGCAACGAGGACGUGAAGGAUUGGAUGGAUGGCAUGGAGCCAGUGGUGGCUGGAGUCAGGAUACUCGCAAAAGUGUGAUCGAGGAGGAGGCGCUGGUCUUGCUCAACAUGGAGGGCGUCAAAGAGUUCCUUGACUGUGAGAAGAUCACGGUCUUUGGGCCUCGUAAGUCGUUUGGGGUGAUCCGUUUCCUUGAGCGCAACGGGGAGAACUUCGCCAUGUUGAAAGAAAGGAUGUGGGGCGUCAUCAAGUUUGUGGCGGCGCUCAAACAUAAGUGGCCAAGCGCGGGGAAUGAUGCCAAGCCUGCGUGGGCAUCCUUCUUGAAAACCAAAGGGGCGAGAUUGAGGACAUCACAUGCAUCAAUGUUGAGAAGGGUGACCAUGCAGCUUGCUUGCGAGACCAAGGACGCCAACGGUGCACCAUGCCACCCCGCAAGUGUGCUCUCCGAGAACUACGAUGUUGAUUGGAACGCAGGGACCGUAUGGCUUGCAGCUGCAAAGUUGGGGAGUGCCACACAUCGCCAACCACGUGGUGAGAAUGUCAAACUCAUGUCGGGGCGACAAAUUGAUGCCAUCCUCACCAGGAGUGCCAAGACCGACAGAGUGUGUAUUGAUGCUGAGCGGAGAAAAACGAUCAACACUGAUCAUGCGGCUCUGAUCUUGACCUGCCACUUCAAGAAAAGGGCGAGGCAAUGGGGGACUGAUUCGAGACCGAGAUGGGUACAGGGUGAACUUGAUUGUGAUCUUCUUGAAUGGGAUGACAUUCUCCAUGCUGCAAAAUCCAUGACUCGUCCUUCAGCCAGCUCCAAAUACCAAGACCCUGAGCAUGUGACUGCUGCACUUCGUCGCGCCAGAAAAGAUGGUGACAAAACUGCCUGGAAAGCAGCCUACAAACAGAGACGUCUAGCACGGCGUUAUUGGCAACAGGAGAGGAGGAGCCGUGCCCUUGCUGGAGACUGGACGGCUUACCGUGCAGUGAAGAGAGAAAAGGUCAGGAGAACUGGUUGGUGGGGCAAACUCCUUGCAGGCAAAAGUGAUGAACAAUUGACAGCAGAAGUUCAGCAGCAUCUACACGGCAAACUCUAUGAUGACACGGUAGAAGAUUGGAAUGGACAGCUUCAGCAGCAUCUGGAUGACAUUCCCUGUCCUACGACGUGGAAACCCUACACUGCAGAAGAAGUUGCCAUGGCCAUUGCUAGCAUGAGGGCGAAAUCAUCAGUUGGACCGGACUUGGUUGGGGUCGACCUGUUACGCAAGAUCAUGAUCGAUGAGACGCUGAGCCAGCAGUUGAUUGACAUCCUGAACUUCCAUGCCUAUACCCUGAGUGUGCCUGAGAUCUGGGAUGUCAGUUUAUUGGCGCUCCUUGCAAAAAUUGAUUGGCCGGAGCAACCUCGCGACCUACGGCCGAUUGCAAUGAGCAGUGCGCUGACAUUAUUGGAUGCUACCCGACUCCGAGACAACACCAAAGAAUGGCGGCUACCCAUCCUCAUGGCAAAGCUCGACGUCCGUGGCGCGUUUGAUCGGGUGAAGCGUGAAGCUGCUGUGGACUUGCUGAAGAAGCGCACGCUGAACAUGAACGUGGAUGUGGAAACACGUUGGUUGAUUCGUCAGCUUGGGGAGAACAAAUUGCAGGGGCUUGUUCCUGGAGGUGGUGCCGUCGAAAUCCUAUGCAACUCUGGGAUAAAACAGGGAGCUCCGGAGUCUGCAGAACUGUUUGGGCUGCUCAUGGGUGAUGUCCUGGAUGAACUUCUUGGUCGAGAUGAAUGGCGGAAAAUCAAGAUACCGUGGGGUGACGCUGACGUGGUGCUCGCCUUUUAUCAGGACGACGUGUUCGUCUGGGAUGAAUGUGCUGGAAGUCUGAGCAGAAGGAUUGAAUUGAUUGCCAAGCAGCUACGCGUCCUUGGGCUUGAACUUGCAGAGGAUAAGACCAUGAUUAUCUCUUCCAGAUACUACAAGGGGCCCCGGAGCAUCCGCGUUGGAGACAACACUGUCGAGAUACAGGGCGAGGAUGUACGCAUCAGGGUGUUGGGGGUGAACUUUGCAUUUGGUGACCCUCCUGGUCAGCAAGCCCGAGACCUUCUUGGCAGAGCAACUUCCGCAGCUUUGUUUCAUGCUGACAUUCUGGGAGAAGAAGGCAAGUGGGAAGACAAAUCGCAGAUGAUGGACACGCUGGUGGCUGGCACUUUCACGUGGGCAGCUGGGGCAGUGCAUUGGAAUCAAGAGGAGCUGGCCAUGGCAAAUGCGAUACAAAUUCGCACCCUUCGCAAAGCCUUCCAUCUUCGGAGAAGGCCUGCUGAAGAUUGGCUGGGAUGGCACAAACGAACAUGGCGGCUAGUUCGAGCAUGGAUGCAUACCAAUCAAAUUCGUCGGUGGUCAACCCACAUCCUUCAACUACAACAUGGGUUGCUGGGACAUUGGGCCAGGCAAGUUGAGGGCUGGGACAACGAUGGCAACCCAAUCAGAGGGUUGACUUAUCGCAUCCUGCAGUGGCGUGGACAUGAGUGGUGGAAGAGAGAACAGAGCCUUGUCACGGGAGUUCGUCAUCCGGGGUGUUUCUAUCCUGACUGUACAGAACGUAGAGUUGCCGAAACCAUUGGACUUAACUGGGGCGAGAUCGCUCAAAAUCGCGAAGUAUGGAAAUGUUGGCGAGAUGAGUGGGUGAAGAGAUUCGAUGUGAAGUGGACUGCGGGCAGACAGGCUGCGCUCAGAUGGUAG